AUGUCGGCUAGUUUACGAAUUUCUGCGAAAUGUUUCUUCUGGACGGAUUCCACUAUUGUUAAGUGCUGGCUUUCUUCGCCACCAUCCCGGUGGCAGAUGUUUGUUGCCAAUAGAGUCAGCGAAAUUCAACAUUUAACGAAAAAUGGAGUUUGGAAUCACGUCGUUGGCACUGAAAAUCCUGCGGACGUCCUGUCUCGUGGUGCGACGCCUGAAAAACUACAACAUCAUGAGCUCUGGUGGCGAGGUCCGGAUUGGUUGAAACUCUCAUAUAACGCGUGGCCGAAAACUGCAAGUACCGAUGAAACAGAGUUUGAGCGCACACUUCUCGAAGAAGCUACAGUUGCAGGACCCGCUCAAGUGGAUUCGCCGAAUGAGAUAUUUUUAAUGAAAAGUUCGUUCACCGCACUGGUUGAUAUAGUCGCAUUCUGCCGAAGAUUUUCUUUCAACUGUAAGAAUAGAAACAGCCAUCGCAUAGGAUGUUUAACAGUCACCGAAAGAGAUGAAGCAUUACGAGUACUUGUGAAACUAGCUCAGAAAGAAAGUUUCCCUCAAGAUAUCGCCGCUGUCGAUUACACGGGUGAAGUUAAAAACACUUUUAAGCUGAAAUCGCUUCGCCCACAACUGGUUAACGGAAUUCUCGUCGUUGGAGGUCGUUUAGAGAACGCACCGAUUGCUGUCGGAAGAAAGCAUCCUAUUAUCCUUAAUAAUCAUCACCCGUUUACGCUGCUGAUCGUCAACCAUUACCAUCUCGUCAUGUUGCACGCUGGACCACAAUUACUCACCGCUUGUGUUCGAGAAAAAUUCUGGCCACUUUGUCUGCGAAACCUAGCCAGGAAGGUUGUUCACAGCUGCGUACGUUGUUUCAGAAUCAAGCCACGAGUUAUGGAACAAGUCAUGGCUGAUCUUCCGACAGAACGCGUAUCUCCUGCACCGCCUUUUGCUCGAGUCGGCGUGGAUUAUUGUGGCCCAUUCAGAUACCGUUUCCCUAUCCGCAACUCUGCGCCGCGCAUCUGUUACGUUGUGAUCUUCGUUUGUUUGGUUACGAAGGCUUGCCACAUCGAUAUGGUUCAAGAUCUUACCACCGACGGGUUCAUCGCCGCCCUACGCAGAAUGAUUGGACGUCGAGGACAGCCAGAGCUUAUUCUUUGCGACAAUGCCACCAACUUUGUUGGUGCUAAAAGAGAACUCGAUAAUCUUAGAAAAAUGUUCAACUCCCAACGAGCAGCUCUUACCGAAGCCGCAGCAAAAAAUAGCAUAGAGAUGAAGUUUAUUCCACCACGAGCUCCCAAUUUCGGCGGUCUUUGGGAAGCUGCUGUAAAAUCCAUGAAGUACCACCUGAAGCGUGUUGUUGGCUCUGAAAUAUACACCUACGAUGAGUUCUACACGCUACUUACGCAAAUUGAGGCAUGUUUAAAAAGUCGACCGCUAACACCACAACGAGACGAUCCAGCAGAUCUUGAAGUUCUCUCUCCUGGGCACUUCUUCUACCUGAACCGUCACUUGAUAAUCUCCGAGAAAAUGUUUUAUCACGAUGGCAAAGAGUUCAACGCCACAUGCAAACAAUUUGGAAGAAGUGGUCGACAGCCUAUCUGUCCGACUUGCAAAACCGUGUCAAGUGGACAAAACAGCAGCCAAAUUUGA